AUGCAUUGUGGAGUUUUGGUUCGCUUUGUAAUUUAUCUCUAUUUGGUGAGCUUUACUGCUGCAAAAUGUGAUCCUGAAAUGUGUGGGUCAAUGAAUGUCAGUUACCCUUUCUGGAUUAACAAUGCUGGUUGUGGAUACCCUGGUUUUCAGAUCACUUGCGAGGACAAAAAUAUUGCAAAUAGCAGUGGGGCAAGCUACUAUGAUCUACCUUCAGAUGGGCCUUUCAGUAUUUCAAACUCCAAUAGCUUCCUUGUUGUCGGCUGCAAUACAUUCGGUAACUACAGUUUUGGGGGUUUGGAAGAGGUGGGGUGCGUAUCAAAAUGUGACACUAAAAAUGAUCGACCAUACUUCCGCUACGGAUGUUGCGAAAUUAUAAUUCCAAAUAAUAGGCGGUCGAUAAAUUUCACUGGCGGAGGUGUGUUUCCUUUGCUGGAUUCUGCUACCAACAAAUAUCAUAACGAGUGUGGUUUCUCCACCAUAUUCGACCCCUCCACCUUCAAGAUUCUCGACAACAAAUCCAAUAUAUAUUUUGGGAAAGAAGGCAGGCAUCUUAUGAAUGCAUUGACUCCCCUUCCGGAAAAGGAUAUGCAUGCAGAUGUCUUUCUGGAUAUGGAGGAAAUGGUUACUUCAACGGCACAGAUUGUACAGGGUUAUGAAGGAGAUGGCUUUCGAAAUGGGACAAGAUGCAUGUACACAAGUUCAAAUCGUGCUGUCUUUCCUGCAAUCAUAGGAUCCAUCUCUUCGUUUGUGGUCGUCUGUUUAGCAGCAUCUAUUGUGGUUUGGUGGCUAAAGAAACGCCACUUGAAACUUGUGGAGGCCAAGUAUUUUCAGCAGUUGCAGCAACACAUCACCUCCAGAGUGGGUAGAGAAAGCUUGAGAAUGUUUUCUGCCAAAGAAUUGGCAAGAGCUUCUAAUAAUUAUUCAAAGGAAAUGGUGUUGGGAAGUGGCGGCUUCGGAACUGUGUUUAAAGGCGUUCUAUGGGAUGGUACUCUCGUGGCCAUUAAAAAGUCCAAGCAAACUUUAAAUCUAGAGGAUGAUCAUGAGUUUCUUAACGAAGUUUCAAUUCUUUCCCAAAUAAAUCACAGAAAUAUAGUGAAAUUGUUAGGCUGCUGCAUCCAUACUAAAUUUCCAUUGUUGGUAUCUGAAUUCGUUCCAAAUGGAACUCUGUUUGAACAUUUACAUUCGAAAGAGAGUUAUUUGUCAUGGGCUUCACGUCUGCGGAUUGCGAUCGAGACAGCAGAGGCUUUGGCAUAUCUACACUCUGGAGCAUCUCAACCCAUUUUCCAUCGGGAUGUAAAAUCGUCUAAUAUUCUUUUGAAUGAGAGGCUCUCUCCCAAACUUGCAGACUUUGGGAUUUCUCGUCUCAUCUUGGCUUCCACCAACACACAUCUCACCACUAAUAUAAUGGGCACAAGAGGUUAUUUAGAUCCUGAGUACUUCCUAACGUAUCAACUCACCGAGAAAAGCGAUGUAUACAGUUUUGGUGUAGUCCUGGUUGAGCUUUUAACAUCUUUGAAACCCAUCUCCACAGAAAGAGCGAGCGAGGAGUGGAAUUUAUCUUAUCUUUUCCUGUCCAAACGUAAUGACCACCGCCUCACAGAAAUCUUGGACAGCAAAGUAUUGAAUGAGGAAAACCUCCAACAGAUGGAAGAUAUGGGAAGGUUAGCAAGAGAAUGCCUUCAUUUGGAAAGGAGGAAAAGGCCGUUGAUGAAAGAAGUCGUGGAGGAACUUUUCUGGAUAAGAGGUGGGACAAGAAAGAUUAAAUUCCAUGACAGUGUAAACUGUGACGAUGCUAUAUUUGAGCAGACAACAAUUUCCAAAAAAGCACCACAAAAUUCAUAUCAAUUCAGGAGUUACACUUUUCCAUCUACAGUUGAGAGUACGUCGCAGGAACCACUCACUGCACUGCUUGAGAAGUCGACCCUGACUUCUAAGGAGAGCAUUUGA